AUGGAAGAGCAGGUAGCAAAUGCCAUUGAAAUCGCCGGGAACCCAACCUCCGACCAAACUCUCAAGGCUCAGGCCUUCGACUACCUGAACCAACUCCGCACCGACCCCUCCGGAUGGCAGGUCUGCCUUACCCUUUUCACUAAGACCCCGCAAUACUCCGAAAUCAUACGGCAUGUGGCGUUGGAAGUGGUCAACAGUGCGGCCCAGGCGGGUUUCAUUGACCCCCAGGCGUUGGGCUAUGUCCGGGACGGCCUGAUGGCCUAUCUCCGCCAGGUGUACGGUCAGGACAACGUUACCCCCGAUCCGACCAGUAUCCAAAACAAGAUCGCCCAGACCAUCACCUUCCUCUUCUCAGCCCUCUACGGCAAUGGCUGGGAGACUUUCUUUGACGACCUUCUCAGCCUCACAUACAAGAGUUCGGCCAGCACGAGUCACGACAACCCGCUCGGAAUUGUCUUCUACCUGCGUGUCAUCAAUGCGAUCCAUGAGGAGAUUGGUGACGUGCUUGUGUCUCGGUCCCGCACCGAGCAGGACAAGGCCAACCUGCUCAAGGAUUUGAUUCGCUCGCGCGACAUGCAGAAGAUUGCCAACUCGUGGCAGCAGAUCUUGUCUGAAUGGCGGGACGGAAAUGAUACGAUCGUCGAGAUGUCCCUGAGAGCGGUCGGCAGCUGGGUCAGCUGGAUCGAUAUCGGCCUUGUGGUGAACCAGACCAUGCUGGACCUUCUGUUCCAGCAGCUCGGCCGGGCGCAGAAGGCGGAGCUCCGAGAAGGAGAAGAGAAGGUGCGCGAUGCCGCGGUUGACGUCUUCACGGAAAUUAUCGGCAAGAAGAUGAAGCCAGAAGAUAAGAUGGAUAUGAUUAUUUUCCUCAAUCUCGACACUAUUGUUACUCAGCUCUCGAACAGCCCCCCUCUUCAUGAUAACAGGUUUACCUUCAAGUACGAUACGGACCUGGCGGAAACGGUGGCCAAGUUAGUCAACAUUACCGUCAUUGAUAUUGUACGGGCUUUGGAGCAGGACACCGUCACGGCCGAGUGCAAUGCCAAAGCCACCGGUCUGCUGCAGGCCUUCUUGCCGCAUAUCCUGAGAUACUUCUCCGAUGAGUACGAUGAAGUCUGCUCGACUGUGAUCCCCUGCGUGAGCGACCUCCUGUCCUAUCUGCGGAAGAUCGCCAAGGUCAACCCUGCCCUGGCCGAACAACAUUCAUCCAUCCUGCUUCCCAUUCUGAAAGCCAUCAUCGCCAAGAUGCGCUACGAUGAGACCUCAUCCUGGGGCGACGAAGACGAUCAGACAGACGAGGCAGAAUUCCAGGAACUUCGGAAGCGCCUGGGCGUGCUGCAGCAGAUCGUCGCAAGCGUCAACGAGCAGCUCUGCAUGGAGGCUGUCUCGGAGGUUGUGGGAAACACAUUCGAGAGCUUGCGUCAAUCGGGAGCUCAGCUCGACUGGCGGGACUUGGACCUGGCUCUCCACGAGAUGUUCCUGUUCGGCGAGGUUGCCGUUAGGGCAGGCAGCUUGUACAACAAGGGAGUUCCUAACAACGCGGCCGCGGAGAGGUUGGUUGGUAUGAUGUUGAAGAUGGUCGAGUCAGACAUCCGGUCUUUCACCCACCCAGCCACCCAGUUGCAGUACAUGGAGAUCUGUGUUCGCUACAGCUCCUUCUUCCAGUAUCACACCCAUCUGAUUCCGACCGUGCUGGAGAGCUUCCUCCAACUUGUUCAUCACCCGGUCAAGAAGGUGAAGACACGGUCAUGGUACCUUUUCCAGCGCUUGGUGAAGCAACUUAGAACCCAUGUUGGAAAUGUGGCGCAGACCGUCGUCGAGGCGUUGGGCGACUUGCUCGUGAUCAACGCUGAGUUGCCGACUGAAGGCUCGGAUGGAGAUGAGAUGUCCUCAGAGGACCACGAGGGGUCGGCUGAUGCUGUCUUUAACAGCCAGCUGUACCUGUUCGAGGCUGUGGGCAUCAUCUGCUCCACCCCGACUGUUCCCGCUGACAAGCAGGUCCUCUACGCACAGUCUGUGUUGAACCCCGUCUUCAUGGAUAUGGAGAAGAACCUGACCCCGGCUAAGGCCAAUGAUGAGCGGGCUUUACUGCAGAUACACCACGAUAUCAUGGCACUGGGUACGCUUGCCAGAGGCUUCUCCGACUGGAUGCCGGGAACCAGCUCACCCGCUUCGUUGCCUGCACCUGAAGUCUCGGAGGCAUUCAUGCAGGUCUCCGAGGCUACUCUCGUCGCGCUGGAGUCGCUGAAGACAUCCUUCAAUGUCAGAACAGCUGCUCGGUUUGCAUUCUCGCGCCUUAUUGGCGUUCUGGGAUCCCGCAUCCUGCCCCAGCUGCCGCGGUGGAUUGACGGUCUGCUCACACAGACGUCCUCCCGGGAUGAGAUGGCUCUGUUCCUGCGACUGCUGGAUCAAGUCAUCUUCGGUUUCAAGGCGGAGAUCUACUCUAUCCUAGAUGCGCUGUUGACUCCAUUCCUGCAGCGGGUGUUCUCUGGCAUUGCAGACGCCCCGACCGGCACUGAUGACGAGGUCCAGCUGGCUGAGCUGAAGCGGGAAUACCUCAACUUCCUGCUGGCGGUCCUGAACAACGAGCUUGGAGCCGUUAUCAUUAGCGAGCGGAACCAACCCAUGUUCGAAACGGUCAUCGGUACUAUCGAGCAUUUCGCCAAGGACAUUGAGGACUUCACUACUGCUAAGAUGGCGUUCUCGGUCCUUUCGAAGAUGGGCAGCUCGUGGGGCGGGCCCGACAUUGCGCCGGAGGGUGCGAAUGGCGCGGCAGCCCAGCAACAAGCACUGCCAGGAUUUGGUCAGUUCAUGAUCACCCGGUUGUCACCUCUGUGCUGGGCGCUGCCCGCAACCCCGUCCUUCAACUCGAAGGAUGCGCAGGCCAAGCAGGUCCUCGCCGAAGCAGGAGGCCUGCAGCGCACGAUAUACGCCAAGACGGGCAUGGAGUACCUCCAGUACUUGCGGGAUCGCGAGUUGCCAGGAAUGGGAAUGGGAGCGGACUUGGUGGAGGAGUUUGUGGGAGCAUUGGGCCGACUGGACAUGAAGGGAUUCCGGCAGUUCUUCCCGUCCUUUAUCCAGCGAUUGAGCGCAUGA